CCGGACAUCAAAAUGAUUGUUAAAAUGGAUCCUGAUGAAAUGAUUACUCUGCGGGUGCAGUAUCUUGUCGAUACAGAUCCACUCGAUUGUACAUCAAUGUAUCCGAUACCGACACGAGCACCGACCUACGCCUUUGCCAGUACCAUGCCAUUGGCAACACAAUUGGGCACCAUACUGCGCAUCCUUAAUGCACCGCAAAGGAUCGACGAUGCCGCCCUACAAGUCUAUAAAGAUGGUGAUUUUGGAGCCUAUCUGGAUCUGGAGUCAUCAUUGGCCGAACAGGCUGAAGAAAUUGAAGGUCUUAAUUCUAGUCGCAAAAAUUCAUUGGUCGUACGCACCCAGUUGAGUGUUAGAGUACAUGCGAUUAUUGAGAAACUUUUAUCUGCCGAAGGAAGUGAUCUGCGACGUGCCUUAUUUUCCUUGAAACAAGUUUUUCAAGAGGAUAAGGAUCUUGUACAUGCCUUUGUGGCAUUAGGUGGACUCAACUGUUUGGUGCGUGUCGGUAAUGGUGCUGAUCAAAACUAUCAAAAUUAUAUAUUGCGUGCAUUGGGUCAGGUUAUGCUGUACGUUGACGGCAUGAAUGGCGUUAUGAAACACGAGCCCACAAUGCAGUGGCUAUACUCAUUAAUCGCAUCCAAUUAUCGUUCCGUGGUUAAGACUGCACUGAAAUUGUUAUUGGUCUUCGUCGAAUAUGCCGAAUCCAAUUGCCAUGUAUUGGUCAGUGCCAUACACAGUGUGGACAAGCAGCAAGGCACACUGCCAUGGUCGAACAUUAUGAGACUUUUAAAAGACUACGAUAAUGCCGAUGCUGAAUUAGUUAUUUAUGCUGCCUCCUUAAUUAAUAAAACCCUGGGUGGUUUAAGUGAUCAGGAUAGCUUUUAUGAUGAAAGUGAUUUAUUGGAACAGCAAGGCAUGGAAUCUGUGAUACAACAUUAUUUGUCUAGACCGGGGACAGAUAUUGAUUUAAUCAAUCAAUUGCAACUGUAUGAGGCAGUAUUGAAAUUUGAAGAUGGUGAAUCGGAUGGUUUGCGCCUGCCCGAUAAUACAUUGCGUAAAACUCAACGUUUUCGUAAUUCCACAGAUACAGCAGAACGCCGCAAGUCGAGACGUCAUAGUACCGGCACCAGUCCGGGUAAUAUUAAUAAAGUUUUGCCAACAAAUUCCCGCUUGACACCACCACAAACCAUUUUGGAUGAGGACAGUUCGAGUUCAACGAAUUCGGUGGAAUAUGCAAAUGGGGUGUUUGUCGAUAAGCAACAUCGUGAUGGUGCUGGUGUAACACUUGGCCUGCGCAGAAGACGUGAACGGGCAGAACGACACAGAAGUUUCUUGAAGGAACAACAAGAGGCUGCUGCAGCUGCUGUUGCUGCCGCAGCGGCGGCAAAUGGUUAUCUAAAUGGUCUGGAAAAACGUGAGGAGCUAGAGUCCGACAGCGAGGACAAAAAACGUUUGCCACAGCUGAAACGUGAUCAUACUGUCAAAGAUUUAACCCAAAAAUUAAGUAAUUUACCCACCAGUCCCACGCAUGAGGAUAAAUUACAAAAUCGUAUUGUUGGCGAUAUGUCGGGUUUAAUAUCGAAAGCCAAAGAGGGUUUGGCCAAGAGCAAAAGUAAAGGUGAAGUUUCAAGAGCUUCCAGUGUCGACCAGGAAAUUAAAAAACCCGAACCGAAAAAAUCCGAAAAUGAAUUACAAUGGGAAGAGCUGGUACGCAAUAUGGUACGGCCAUUACAACUCUGUGAUCUCGAUUUUACUGACCUCAAUUCCGAUGAUGAUAAAGAUAUAUUGGCGCCUAGAGGUCCAGGACGUGGGGUGCCCCCACCACCACCACCCAUGGUUGGUGUGGCUCUACCGCCACCAAUGAUGCCCCAGCAUAUUGUUCUACCACCACCAAUGAUGUCACAGUCAAAUACCAGCAAUGGCAGCGGUGUUAUACCACCACCCAUGUUGAGUAACAGUGGCUAUGCCAAUUCCAGUUUAACCAAUAGCCUCAAUAGUUCACUGAAUGGUUCUAUUAAUGGUGAUACCAUACGGAAAAGCAAGAAAACGGUGAAACUAUUUUGGAAAGAGGUACGCGAAGAUCUAAUACCCGUAUCGGUGGGCAAAACCAUUUGGGAUGAAUUACCACCAGCCACAGUGGAUACCCAGAAAUUGGAACAUUUAUUUGAAUCAAGAGCAAAAGAUUUAAUGACCAAGAAACAACAAGAAAUGAACAAAAGCAAGGAGGUCAUUGUUCUCGAUCACAAGAGAUCGAAUGCCAUUAAUAUCGCCAUGACCAAAUUACCACCGCCUCGUGCUAUUAAGGCGGCCAUUUUGAAAAUGGAUGCAACAGUGGUUACCCGGGAGGGUAUUGAUAAACUAUUGAAUAUGUUGCCAACCGACGAGGAGAAGGGUAAAAUUCAAGAGGCACAGAUGGCAAACCCCGAAUUACCCUUAGGCAGCGCCGAACAGUUUCUACUGACAUUGGCAUCUAUCUCAGAAUUACCAGCUAGAUUAAGAUUAUGGGCAUUCCGUUUAGAUUUUGAUAAUAGUGAGAGAGAAAUUGCUGAACCUUUGAUGGAUUUGAAACAUGGCAUAGAAAUAUUGAGAAAUAAUCGUACAUUUAAAUGUAUUCUAUCCACAUUGUUAUCGGUGGGCAUAUUCUUGAAUGGUGCCCCUGUCAAAGGUUUCCAAAUCGAGUAUUUAGCUAAGGUUCCUGAGGUAAAAGACACCGUCCACAAGCAUUCAUUGCUUCAUCACCUGUGUCACAUUGUCAUGGAAUCGGGUAUGGAAACCACCGAUUUGUAUUCCGAAAUUGGUCCCAUCACCCGUGCCUCAAAGGCUGAUUUCAAUGAGCUGGCCUACAAUCUCUCCCAGUUGGAAAAUGAAUGUAAAGCAUCAUGGGAUCGUUUGAAAUUAAUGUGUAAACAUGAUUGCCCACCCCAGCUGCAACAGAAAUUGGUGGACUUUUUGGCCGACUGUGCAGAGAGGAUAAUUAUUUUGCAAAUUGUGCAUCGGCGUGUUAUGAAUCGUUACCGCAAAUUCCUUUUAUGGUUGGGUGUACCACAACACAGUGUUGCCGAUUCCAAACCCAAUGAAUUCUGUCGUAUUCUUUCUGAAUUCGCCCUAGAGUAUCGUACGACACGUGAACGUGUCCAACAACAAAUCGAAAAGAAAGCCAAUCAUCGUGAACGCAACAAGACCCGAGGCAAAUUGAUAGUUGAUAUUGCCAAAUUUAAGACCAAAGAAGAUAAACAGGAUGCUGAAUUGAAAGAACUUUUGGGCACCCCCAGUUCAGAUAAUGCCGAUGGCACGUUAACAUGGCGACGUCGUCGUGCCGAAAAUCUACGCUCACCCCAAAUGCGCCAAAGUGAAGAGAACUUCACCGAUGGUGAUGAUGAGAUAUUAGAAUCGCUGGUCAAGACUGCCACAAAAGCUCCAGGCAAUAGAACAACGCCAAGAGAACGUAAACGUACCCGACACGCUGAUAGAAAAUCAUUGCGCCGUACUCUGAAAAACGGUUUAACCGAAGAGGAGAAACUUCAGGUUGCAGCUCUAAUAAAGACUUACUAAAACUUAGGCCAGCUUAACAAUAGCUGGUCUCUAGAUGCUGAAA